AUGAGUGAUAACUCCAUCCCGAUUCUUGUUGUUAAAUGUAAAGUCUACAAAGAAUUAUCAACGUCAGGUUUUGGAAUCGGUGUAGCUGCGACGAAUCGUACAUGCGACCCUGGCGGUGCUUCGAAAAAAGCAAUCGCCAUUCAGGAUGUAGAAGACAUGCAUGCAAUCGCACAUCGCGCUUUAGAAUAUAUUACUCGCGCUUCAAAAUUACGUAACUUGCACAGCGAUCUCACGCCACCACAAGAAUCUUUUCGGGCAAAAGUGGUGGUUCAGGCAAUAGAAAAGACGCAAUGA